CAAAUCAAACAAAGCAAAAGUGGCCGAUUAUAAAAAUAUGUAGCUAAUGAAAAAAUCAAAUUGGAUUAUCAAAACGCAAACAAUUUGAGUGUGUGUGUGUGUGUGUGCAGCGUCUGGAAACUGGCGAGCAGCAGUUUUCCUUAAAUAAAUGUCACUCCAAAACUAUUUGUGGCCUUCCGGGAAGCAACCAACUGCCCACAGCUAACACAUUUAUUAUCAAUUUAUCGGAACGGCCGACUCCCGAUAAGACAUCGACUCAGCAGCUAUAACAACAAGAACAACAACAGCGGCAGUAUCAGUAGCAGCAGUAAUUGCUGAAAAUCGGGGAUGCUUCCAGAUGCGUUCCAGCCCAGUUGCAUUUACGUCGUUACAUCAUAAGCCUCGCCAUGUAGGAAAAUAUCUUAAUUUUUGAAUCUUCCAAUAUAUCUGCUUUAAAUAUUGAGAAAUCGUUCGUGAAUGCUACUAGCACUAGCAAAGAAAGAAAAAAAAAAAACAGCUUUAAAUUGAACAACAACAUCAAAACGCUUGAACGUGUUUGCUGCUGCUUGUCUUGUUCUUCGUGAUUUCGUCGUCAGCGUUGUUUCUCUCCGAGAUCGGAAAGCAGCAGCCGCCCACGAACGAAACAAAGCGAAGCAACGAGCCCAAGCAGAACGCGAACGCGCACCACGGACGCAUUUAUGGAUGCGGGCGGCCUGCCAGUGUUUCAGAGCGCCAGCCAAGCAGCAGCAGCCGCCGCCGCCCAGCAGCAGCAACAACAACAACAACAGCAGCAGCAGCAGCAACAACAACAACAGCACCACCAGCAACAUUUGAAUCUCCAAUUGCAACAGCAGCAACAUUUGCAGCAUCUGCAACAGCAACAUCAGCAACAACAGAGUCUGGGAAUACAUUUGCAGCAGCAACAGCAUUUACAGCUACACAAUGCACAGGCGCAACAGAUACAAGUGCAGCAGCAGCAACACGUCACACAGCAACAACAACAGCAGCAGCAGCAGCAACGACAACAACAACAACAGCAGCAACAACAACAACAUUCGCCAUACAACCCCAGCCUUUCAGCGACAGGCGGAAUUGUCGGCGGCCUUGUCGCUGGCGGCAACGGAACUGGCGGCGUUGCGCCUGCAGGAGCAGGACCGAACACAAACAACAACGGGAACGGCGGCGGCAACAAUGGCAACAACACAAACGGCGGCAAUGGCAACAACGGCAACAACAAUCCAGGCAAUGGCCCAUCACCUGGAGACGCAGUGCCGGCUAAGCGGCAGCACAUGGUCGAGCGGCUGCGUCGCCGCAUGGAGAAUUAUCGGAAGCGGCAGACGGACUGCGUGCCGCGCUACGAACAAACCUUCAAUACUGUGUGCGAGCAACAGAAUCACGAGACCACUGCACUUCAAAAACGUUUUCUCGAAAGCAAGAACAAACGUGCCGCUAAGAAGACUGAGAAGAAACUCCCGGAGCCUCCAGCGGCAACGCAAACGAUGCUAGCAGGACAGCUGCAGAGCAGCGUACAUGUGCAACAAAAAUUCCUGAAACGACCAGCGGAGGAUGUUGACAAUGGAGCUGAGAAUUACGAACCGCCGCAUAAAUUGCCCAAUAACAACAAUAAUAAUAACAAUAACAAUAGCACAAAUGGUGGUGGCGGCUCUGAGAAUCUAACAAAAUUCUCUGUAGAGAUUGUGCAGCAGCUGGAGUUCACAACAUCGGCGGCCAAUUCACAGCCGCAGCAAAUAAGCACAAAUGUCACUGUGAAGGCGCUGACGAACACCUCUGUGAAAAGCGAACCGGGCGUGGGCGGAGGGGGUGGUGGCGCUGAGCAACAGCAGCAACAGCAGCAGCAGCAGCAACAACAACAACAACAACAGCAACAACAAGGCGGCGGUCUGGGUGGCCUUGGCAAUCAACAUGGUCGUGGUGGGGGCGGCGGAGGCGGCGUUGGCGGUAUGGGAGGCAUGCAUACGGGCCCCGGCGGCUUAGGUCAGAAUAUGAUGGGCGGCCACGGCGGCAAUAACAACAGCUCGAAUGUAGCCGCCCAGCAAAAGUCAGCAUUGGGAGGUCUCGCCAAUUUGGUGGAGUGUAAACGGGAACCGGAUCAUGAUUUUCCGGAUUUGGAUGCACUGGACAAGGAUGGACCGAGCUUUCGUGAUCUGCUUGGCGAUGAUAAUUCCGAGGGUAACGAAACCUUUAAGGAUCUUAUCAGCAACCUGCAGGAUUUCAAUCCCAGUUUUCUGGAUGGGUUCGAUGCGAAACCGCUGCUGGACAUCAAAACAGAGGACGGCAUCAAAGUGGAGCCCAAUGCCCAAGAUAUAAUCAAUAGUCUAAAUGUGAAAUCAGAGGGCGGACUGGGUCAUGGCUUUCCAGGUUUUGGCGCCGGUCCAAAUAUGGGCAUGGGCAUGCCCGGCGCUGGUGGCCCCCACAAUACCAUGGAUGCGCAGACCAUGAACAAAAUGCGCAAUGCUGGCUUCCAAAAUGGACCCAAUGGCGGCGGACCCAAUGGACCCGGCGGCGCACAACAGGGCGCCGGUGGUGGUGGUGGUGGGGGCCUCAUGUCCGAGCAUCCUCUGGCCGCUCAAACACUCAAGCAAAUGGCCGAGCAACAUCAGCAUAAGAAUGCCAUGAGUGGCAUGAAUUUCCCCCGCCCUCCGCAUGGAAUGCAACAACAGCAACCGCCUCACAGUCAAAUGAUGGGCGGCCAGCAGCAGCCGGGUCGGUACAAUGACUACGGAGGGUUUGGCAAUGACUUCGGCAUGGGCGGUCCAAAUGGACCCAAUCCGCAACAGCAGCAGCAACAACAACAGCAGCAGCAUAUGCCGCAUCAGUUUCAUCCAAAAGGUCCGGGCGGCCCGGGAGGCGGCAUGGGUGUGCAGCAAAGUUUCCUGGAUAUCAAGCAAGAGCUUUUCUAUUCCUCACAAAACGACUUCGAUCUCAAGCGUCUGCAGCAGCAACAGCAGGCCGCGGCAGCUGCGCAAAUGCAACAGCAGCAGCAACAACAACACCAUGGUCAUGGGCCCCCCAAUCCACAACAGCAACAACAACAACCUCAACAGCAACAUCCUAAUGGUCCCAAAAUGGGCGUACCUAUGGGUCCGCCCGGCCAGUUUAAGCACGUUGGUGGUCCGGGUGGCCAACAGGUUCCGCCACAGCAGCAACAACAACAACAACAGCCUCAAAACCCGCAACAACAGCAACUGCAGCAGCAACAACAGCAAUACUCGCCAUUCAACAACUCGCCUAUGGGACCCGGUCCUGGUGGCAACUCGCAAAACCAAAAUCCCAACUUUCUCAACUGUCCGCCACGUAUCCCCAACAAUGGGGGACUCGGUGUUGGUCCCGGCAAUGUGCCGCCCAAUAUGGGCGUGCCACAGAGCGCGCAACAACAACAGCAACCUGCUGGCCCACAACAGCAGCGAGGUGGUCCCACCGGCGGUCCGCAGUCCAACCAAAAUACCGGAGCUGGCGCCAAUACACAGAAUGCCACACAGGCGGGCGGUAAUCCCAACAUGCAGCAACAGCAGGCGACGACAACGACGUUGCAGAUGAAGCAGACGCAACAGCUCCAUAUUAGCCAGCAAGGCGGUGCACAUGGCAUUCAGGUCUCGGCUGGCCAGCAUUUGCAUCUGAGCAGCGAUAUGAAGAGCAAUGUCUCCGUGGCCGCUCAGCAGGGCGUCUUCUUCAAUCAACAGCAGGCUCAGCAGCAGCAGCAGCAGCAACAACAGCAGCAAUCUGGCAACGGACCCAACCAGGGCGGCGGGGGUGGACAACAGCCGCAGGGGCACGGAGGCAACAAUGCGGGCAGCAACGGCGGCAAUGGGGGUCCGAAUGCCGCACAGCAACAGCAGCAACCAAAUCAAAAUAUGAACAAUUCGAAUGUACCCUCCGAUGGCUUCUCGCUCUCCCAAAGCCAAAGCUUGAGCUUCAGCCAGCAACAGCAACAGGCGGCAGCUGCAGCGGCGGCCCAACAGCAACAACAACAGCAGCAACAGGCAGCGGCCAACGCCGGAGGACCCAAUGGCCCGCACAGUGUCGCAGGAGGCAAUGGCGGUCCUGUUGGUGGGCCAGGAGGAAUGCCGAAUGCAGCAACGCUGAUGCAACAGCAGCAGGCGGCGCAGGCUGGCGGACCCUCCGCCGGACCCAACAGUGGUGCAAUGAAUCAGGGCAUGGGCGGUGUGCCCAUGGGUGGCAUGCCGGGCAUGGGGCAAAUGGGUGGUGCACCCAACGGUGGCCCCAACGGCGGCAUGAUGAAUCCUAUGAAUCCGAAUGGCAUGUCCAAUGCACAAAUGAUGAUGGGCGGCGGCGGCGGUGGUGGUGCCAAAUUCCUGCAGCAGCAGCAAAUGAUGCGCGCCCAGGCGAUGCAACAGCACAUGGCCGGCGCUCGACCGCCCCCUCCCGAAUACAAUGCAACCAAGGCCCAGCUGAUGCAGGCACAAAUGAUGCAGCAGACAGUGGGCGGCGGUGGCGGUGGUGCCGGUGGUCGCUUUCCGAACAGCGCCGCCCAAGCGGCUGCCAUGCGUCGCAUGACCCAACAGCCCAUUCCACCGUCGGGUCCUAUGAUGCGGCCCCAGCAUGCGGCCAUGUACGCCAUGCAGCAUGGUGGCGGUGGUGGUGGGCCUCGUGGUGGCGCUGGCAUGCCCUACGGUGGCGCUGGCCCUAUGGGUGCCGGACAGCAGCGUCCCCCAAAUGUCCAGGUGACAGCCGAUGGCAUGCCCAUGGGUUCCCAGCAGGAGUGGCGACACAUGAUGAUGACACAACAGCAACAACAGCAGCAGCAACAACAGCAAAUGGGCUUUGGUGGUCCGGGUGGACCAAUGCGCCAAGGACCAGGCGGUUUCAAUGGUGUUAACUUUAUGCCGAAUGCUGGAGGUGGACCCAAUGCGCCGGGCAGUGGACCUGGCAUGAUGGGCGGCGGGGGACCGGGCGUUCCAAAUGGCGGCCAAAUGCAGCUGACGCCGGCGCAAAUGCAGCAGCAGUUGAUGCGGCAGCAGCACAUGCAGCAGCAGCAGCAACAGCUGGCGGGGCCCGGCAGCGGACCAAACAACAUGCAGAUGCAACAGCUGCUGCAGCAGCAGCAACAGCAGGCGGCCAACGCGGGUCCUGGCCCCAAUGUGAACAUGAUGGCCCAAAUGCAGAUGUCCAGCAUGCACAUGAGCCAGACCCAGCAGCAGAUCACGAUGCAGCAGCAGCAGCAGUUUGUGCAGCAGACGACAAGCAGCAGCAGCAGCAGCGCCUCCCACCAGCAACAGCUGCUGCAGCAGCUGGCGCCGAGCAACAACAAUGCGGGACAGAAUGCGAACGGACAGGCGAACAUCAGCGGCAGCUCCUCGACGACCAUCGCCAGCGCCAGCUCCAUCAGCCAGACGAUCAACUCGGUGGUGGAGAACUCGACUGAUUUGUGUCUCGAAUUCCUGGACAACCUGCCCGUGGACAGCAGCAACUUCUCUACGCAGGACUUGAUCAACUCGUUGGACAAUGACAAUUUCAAUUUGCAGGAUAUCUUGCAGUAAGCACCGAUGCCGGCAAGCCGAGAAAGACAGAGUCCGAGUGGGAGAGCGGAGAGAUUCCGAGAGAGAAUAAAGAAGAGAAGAGAAGAGAAGAGGCGAGGAGAGGAGAGCGCGUUUGCAAGUUGUUAUCGCUGUCGUUGUUACCUGUUUUUGUUGUUGUUAUUUAUGGCAUUGUGUUGUGCGUUUAUGUUCCGGCCAUGCCCCCACACGCAGAUGCAGAUGCAGCUGCAGCUGCUGGAUCUGCCUCCACUUUAUAAAAUAGUUCAUUUCUCUUUGUUAUUUGUGUGAAUUUAUACUCGUAAUGUCUAGUUUGUAUUUUAUUUUUAAGUAUUCGUGUAAUGUAUGAGGAGUGUAGGCUCUGCCAGGCGCCGGGGCGACGUGCAUCGCAGACAUUCCAUAUGUAACAGAUUUCUAAAUCUACAAUACGAGCCUAACGAGUUAAGUGAACAGAAAAGUAUUCGCAAGUACUUGAAAUGUGAAUGAACCAUUGUUGUUGUUGUGAGAGACGGCCGAGUGGGCCAACUAACUAGCUUGAAACUUAAGCAGUUGUACUUAAUUAUAAACGUCUUGCCACGCCCAACCGGCACGAGCCCCAAACACGUCAGCCUCGCAGCGACUGGCAGCUCCACUUGAUUUUACUUAAGGGGAGACACACACACAAACACACCAACAUUUAUUAAUUGUAGUGAAAAGAACCAACAACAUUUGUAAGCAAACAAAACACAAAAUAGCUGUAUAUUUUAUAAUUAGUUUAUUUAAUUUUUUAUACACACAAAAAAGGGGGAAAAGUAAAAAACAAACAAACAAAAAAAAUGCAUACGA